AUGCGAUCGCAACCUGGAAUAUUCUCUGCUCAGGAGAAGCAGUGGGAUCCUGAGGAGGUCUUAGGCCUCAUCAACCCCGAUAGAGGGAACAUCACCUGCACCGCUGAGGCCAUGACAUAUGGUCGGCGAUGUCGGCGCGCACAGAAUAAAAUCUACAAUGCUGCACGCAUGCUCAACGACAUGGCGACCAUGGACCCGCUUAGUGUUGCCAAAUCAGACAAACUCACCGCAAUCGCGGAGGACAGUGUCUGCUAUCAACACGGCGGACAAGCCAAUAAGGUCUGUCGCGAGUGGAGAGACAAGCUCCGGGCUUUGGGAGGCUCCCGCAAAGUGGCCCCUGCCCCCGAGAGUCCCCGGUUCAAGACCGAGCCCGAUUCUGAUUCUGAGGAUGAAGACGUCAAAUGGUUCACCAGACGGCCCACUCAGCGCAGCUACACCCGUGCUGAUAUCGACAGCAUGCUGGAGCAAAUGCGACGCAUGCAAGAGACCAUCAACAACAUGCAAUCCCAGAAACAACGGGAAGCGGAAGAACACAAACGCAAGCAAGCAGAAGAGGAGCGACUUCGAAAAGAAGCGGCCGCGAGAGCACAGCGACAGCGGCGAGAAGCGGAAGAACGAGCAAAACAAGAGCGUGAGAAACAAGAAAAGGAGCGCAAGGACCGCGAGAACAAGGAGCGGGAAGAGCGUCGCAAGGCACGCGCGAAGAAAUCGACCGAAGAGGCAGAACAGUCGACCAAGCAGGAAUGGGCUGAUUCUUGGCAAGAGUAUCUUGAUGGCUGGGAGCACCUGAGGGGAAUGAGUUGCAGAGAAGCUGCUCCGAUUUUGAUCCCAUGGCCAGUGAAAUCAGGGAAGUGGGAAGAUGUCACUGCUGAGAGCGUCAAACUAUUCUUCCAGAAAGCACCUCCCAUGCCUUCUUCUCCUACGGACGCCAAAAGAGAGAGGUUCAAGCUGAUGAGCCAAGAAAGCAAACGAUGGCACACGGACAAAAUCAUGCAGCUUUUUGGCCGUGAAGUCCUCACGGGAAUUCAUGGCAAGGCUCUCGACUUGAUUGCGAAGAUUGUUGUUCAGCUCAGGCAAGAUGCUGGAAAGGCAAGGAAAGACUGA